CCUGCCCAGAACUGGCAAAUAUUAACUUUGUUAAAGACUUUGUUUGGUGUAUUUCUUCAUCUCCCAGUGUGGGUUAACUAACAGUUUAGAGAAGAUGAGAUCAAGUCUAGCUAUUUUAUCCCUAUGGAUAUGCUUCAAUAUUGAUGUUACGACACAGACAGUCUGUCCUGAGCCCCCAAAAGUAGAAAAUGCUCAAGUUUCUCCUAACUUUGUUAAAACCAACUACAGCGGCGGGGAUAAAGUAGAGUACAGCUGUGAAAGUGGCUACGCCUCCCCCCGGAAAAUCGUCUAUGUGUGUACUGCAAACAAAUGGGAUAAAAUGCGUCCUGUAGAAUGUACACCCAAACGCUGUGAGCAGCCUACAGAUAUACAAAACGGCCAAUACAAAAUUCAGGGUGAUGGUAAGAGCUUUGUUGUAGGAACAACCAUCAAGUACACCUGCAACCCUGGUUACCAGAUGAUGAGUCGAAUUGAUACCAGAACGUGUCGGCCCGGCGGAUGGGACAAUACGUUACCCGAGUGUGAAGAGGUGUUCUGUGCACUAGACCUGCCCUCCGACAGUCGUAUUAAAGUGGAAGGUCUCCCUGAUUACGGCGAUUUUAUGAGACAUGGACACAGACUGCAAUUUUCAUGUGAAAAAGGGGACAUUUUAAGGGGACAUAAAGAAAUUAUCUGCCAGUCAAAUGGAGAUUGGAACCACCCAAUACCUAAAUGUGAAGAGAUGGCAUGUCUACUAAACAACACGGAAGACAUGAAAGUGGAGCGAAUUCAUAAUCAAGAGGGUUUGAUCAAGCCUGGACACCGGGUAAAAUUGUCAUGCCUUGUACCUGGUCUGAGUAUAAAAGGCCCGAAAGAACUCACCUGUCAGGGAGAUGGAGAAUGGAGCAGCCCCUUUCCGAAAUGUGAAGAGUCAACAUGUGUUGCAAACCUCACAAACAUGAUCGUAAAGGGACGCUCUGAUCAAGGGGUUGUUAUAUACAAACCUCAUGACAACUUAAUAGUUAGAUGCAUUCAUGGACCAGGGCUGAUUUUACAAGGAGAAAAUAAUAUCACCUGCCGGGAAGAUGGAGAAUGGAGCAGCCCAUUUCCUAAAUGCGUAGAGAACCCUGAUUGUGAGCCACCACCAAAUAUGAACCAUAUGAACGCAGAUACAUUACACAUUCUGGAUCAAAGAAAGACUGAAUACAAGUCAGGGGAGAAAGUUGAAUACACCUGCCUUGCUACAUACAGAAUGGAGGGUGAUCCCCACAUGACCUGUGUAAAAGGCAAAUGGCAAUGGAAAUUUAAAUGUAUAGAACCGUGUUACGCGUCUCAGCCGGAAAUGGAUAAAAGGAACAUACAACUGCAAAAAAGUGAAUUUGAAAGAAUGUACUGUCCACAUAUGGAUCACCUCACCUUUGUGUGUAAGAGUGGAAAAUAUCGAAAAAGAAACAGUGUUCAAUUUAGACAACAGUGUCAAUAUGGCAAAAUGACUCUGCCUGAGUGUGAAUUAAAUAACACUGGCUUGAAUUCAACUCAUAUCAGUAUCUCUGCUGGAAAACUGAAAAAGCUAAAAAUGAAAUACAGUAAAAUAUUCUUUCACCUGUUAAUGGUCAUUUUGAUGAUCAAGGCAAAUGCUGAAGAAGUCAUCUGUCAGGAGCAGGAACUCAGUAAUGUUCAAAUUUUAAUGGGACGUCCAGGGAUCAAUCCACCUUAUACAUCUGGACAUGUCUUAGUUUUCAAAUGCACUGAUGUCAACAUGAAGUUGUACGGUCAGCGGGCUAUUGAAUGCCAGUCAAAUGGAAACUGGGAUAACCCAUAUCCAAAAUGUCAAGAGGCAAAAUGUGCUGCAAACCUCACAAACAUGAUUGUAGAGGGACUCUACAAGCCUGGUGACAACUUAAAAGUUUCAUGCAUUCAGGGACGAAGGUUGAUUUUAAAAGGAGAACAUGUUAUCACCUGCCAGGAAGAUGGAGAAUGGAGCAGCCCAUUUCCUAAAUGCGUAGUAAAAACUGAGUGUGAUCCACCACCAAAUAUGAACCAUAUGAACGCUGAUACAGUACACAUCCUGAAUCAAAGAAAGACUGAAUACAAGUCAGGGGAGAAAGUUGAAUACACCUGCCUUGCUACAUACAGAAUGGAGGGUGAUCCCCACUUGACCUGUUUAGAAGGCAAAUGGCAAUGGGAAUUUAAAUGUAUAGAACCGUGUUAUGCAUCUGAGCCGGAAAUGGAUAAAAGGAACAUACAACUGAAAAAAAGUGAAUUUGAAAGAAUGUACGUUCCACAUUUGGAUCACCUCACCUUUGUGUGUAAGAGUGGAAAAUAUCGAAAAAGAAACAGUGUUGACUUUAGACAACAGUGUCUAUAUGGCAAGAUAACUUUGCCUGAGUUAUCUCUGCUGAGAAAACUGAAAAAGCUUAAAAUGAAAUUCAGUUUGAUCUUUCACCUAUUAAUGGUCAUUUUAAUGACCAAAACAAAUGCUGAAGAAGUCAUCUGUCAGGAGCAGGAACUCAAUAAUAUUCAGAUUUUAAUGGGGCAUCCCGGGAUCAGUCCACCUUAUACAUCUGGACAUGUCUUAGUUUUCAAAUGCACUGAUGUCAACAUGAAGUUGUACGGCCACCGGGCAAUUGAAUGCCAGUCAGAUGGAAACUGGGAAAACCCAUAUCCACAAUGUCAAGUGAUAAAAACUGAUUGUGAGCCACCACCAAAUAUGAACCAUAAGAACGCAGAUACAUUACACCUGCUGGAUCAAAGAAAGACUGAAUACAAGUCAGGGGAGAAAGUUGAAUACACCUGCCUUGCUACAUACACUAUGGAGGGUGAUCCCCACUUGACCUGUGCACAAGGCAAAUGGGAAGGACAUUUUACAUGUAUAGAACCGUGUUAUGCAUCUCAGCCGGAAAUGGAUAAAAGGAACAUACAACUGAGAAAAAGUGAAUUUGAAAGAAUGUACGUUCCACAUUUGGAUCACCUCACCUUUGUGUGUAAGAGUGGAAAAUAUCGAAAAAGAAACAGUGUUCACUUUAGACAACAGUGUCAAUAUGGCAAGAUGACUUUGCCUGAGUGUGAAUAAAAUAUAUUGAAGGAAAAAUAAAUGGCUAAAACUAAAAGACGAGUAGUUAUACGAGCAAGUUUGGUGGUACAAAAUAAAACGUAGCACUUUUCUAAGCGGAUUUAAAAGAGGAACUAUAUUUUAUGGCGUAAUAGCACUUUUGGGAGUACUUCGACUCGGCGCAGUAACACCCUCCCUCUCCCAUUAUGAGAGUGAGAAGGGGAGCGGACUUUUCAGGCGAGUCGAAGUACUCCCAAAAGUGCUAUUACGCCAUAAAAUAUAGUUCCUCUUUUAAAUCCGCUUAGAAAAGCGCUACGUUUUAUUUUGUACCACCAAGCUUGCUCGUACAACUACUCGUCUUAAAUAGGAAAAACGUUGAUGUGUUUGGUCACUUCUAACUUUAUCUCUAAAUGGUACCAUUGAAUGAAUGGGGCUAAGAUAAAUGCUAUCGAAGCGUCGCAGCGCGCUCCAGUGCUUACGUGCACGCACACAGAUGAUAGAGGGAUGUAUCAACAAUUCUUAGUUAAGGUAAUAACAUAUUUUAAUAUUGAAAAUGAGUAGACUAUUCCUUUAAAGGUUGAGUAGAGGAAUGAUAACAGCAAGAAAAAUAAUUGAUUAUUAAUAUGUGUUUAAUUAAAUUCUUCAUCUUUACCUAG